AUGAAAUAUUCUAAAAGGAAAAGAUGGAAUGGCUUAUUGUCAUGUUUGCCAAGACCACAUUUUAUUAGUAGACAACACAUCUUUUCUUACUCAUAGAUUGCUCAUUAAAUUUUUUCAAAAAAUAAAAAAGUGAAAAACAGGUCCACAAGAUUUAUUAAAUGGACGCCCAAUGAGUACCAUAUGAGAAAUAUGGAACUUUUAAUACCUCUAAUCACAUUAAACAUUAAAAAAUAUGAUAAGUGUGUAAAUAUGUAUAAAAGUCUGAAGACACCUUUCUAAAACAGAGAAACAUUUGCAAUGCUGAGCAAAGUUCCUUCUAAUUAUUCAAAUAUCAGAAUAUUUAUUAAGUAAAUUACAAUUUAAAAUGAUAGAAAUGCUAUGGACAGUUAUCAAGAAAAUUAAUUGUUUCAAUCAACUCAAAAAAAGAACAUGUCUUCUAAAAAUGAUAUAAUUGAAUCUAUUACAUUUUCUCCUCCAUUUCUUAAAUUUUUUGUGGUCUUCUUCUAUUGA